CGCUGCGAAUUACGGCCACCUGCCCACCUCGACACCUCUCUCCUCACUCGUUUUAUGUGCCCACUCCCAUUCUUCGACGGUUACCAGCUUCACCGCCAAUGCCGCCGCCGCUUCAAAACCAGCCCAAGGGCCGCCGCCUUCUCUCCUUCCCGGCAGUGUACCCGUGCGAGGGCAUCGCGCCUGGGCCGCUGCUCGCCUCCCUCCUCUCCCUCGCGGCCGACAUGGCGAGCCGAGGGGCCGGUGACGCCGGCUCCUUCCCCGUGCUCCGCCGCAGCGUGCGGCAGGCCGUGCGAAUCGCGGGGUUACUGCUCGCCUUCCUCGAGGAGAUCCAGGACGCGACGAUUACGGCGACGGAUUUGCCGUCAUCGGCGGUGCUGGGGCUCACGGAGCUGCACGUGGCCAUGCAGAAGCUGCGGUUCCUCCUCACUGACUGUGCGCGGCGGGGCGCGCGGCUUUGGGUGCUAGUGAACGCCGGGCUGGCUGCGUCUGAGCUCCGGGGGGUCCUGGGGUCUGUCGCAACCGCCAUGGACGUGCUGCCAAGGGGCGUCGUGGACGUGUCCGUGGAGGCCGGGGAUCUCGCGCGGCUGGUGUCGGAGCAAGCGUGGCGCAUGGUGGUGCGGCCGGACGCCGGCGACGAGCGCACGGCGCGGAGCGUGCGGUCUAUAAUGGAGCAGUUCAAGAGCGGCAUCUCGCCGGACGCCGAGGACGCCAGGCGGUUGCUCAACUGCAUCGGGGUUAGGAGCUGGUUGGAGUGCUCGGAGGAGAUCGCCUUCUUGGAAGAUGAGUUGCGCAUGCGUUUGGACGGCGCUGUCGACGACCGCAGCAACGACGUGGUACUCAUCAACAGCCUAACGGCGUUUUUAGUGUACUGCCGCGUCGUGCUGUUCGAUCACAUCGACAGGAAUCCGAAGGGGGAUGCAGCGUCGGCGGCUGCGCUGCCGGCGAGGUGUCCGGACUGGAUCAGACCGGACGCGCUGCAGUGCCCGAUCACGCUGGAUCUCAUGACUGAUCCUGUGACCGUGUCCACCGGCCAGACGUACGACCGCGCGUCCAUCACCCAGUGGUUCAAGGCCGGGUGCCGCACGUGCCCGGUCACCGGCGAGAGGCUCCGAACCGCCGAAGUCGUCCCGAACGCCGCGCUCCGCGGGAUCAUCGAGAGAAUGCUGCUCAGCAACGGCGUCUCGCUUCCGGACACGAGCUCCGGGCACCGUCACGGGGCCCUCGGCAACACAGCGGUGCCAUUCGGGCCGGCCGCCGCCGGCGCCGCCCGUCUCGCCGUCGCCUACAUCGUCGCCCAGCUGUCGACGGGGUCGACGGCGGAGAGGCGAAAGGCGACGUGCGAGGCCCGCAAGCUCUGCAAGCACAACGUGUUCUACCGUGCGCGCCUCGUCGAGGCCAACGCCGUGCCGUGGCUGCUGUGCCUCCUGUCCUCCACGGACGCGUCCGUGCAGGACAAUGCCGUGGCGUCCCUCCUGAACCUCUCGAAGCACCCGUGGGGCCGGACAGCGCUCUUCGAGGCCGGCGGCGUGGGCCUCGUCGUCGACGUUAUCAACGUCGGUGCCAGGGCCGAGGCGCAGCAGAACGCGGCGGCCAUCCUGUUCUACCUCUCGUCGAACCCCGAGCGUGCCGAGGAGAUCGGCCGCAUCCCGGAGGCCAUCCCGACGCUGGUGCAACUCAUCCGUGACGGCGCAGCCCGCGGCCGCAAGAACGCCAUGCUCAGCCUCUACGGCCUGCUUCAGUGCGCGGGUAACCACGGCAAGGCCGUCGGCGCUGGCGCCGUUGCGGCUCUCUCCGCCCUGCUGUCCACCACCCAAGACGACCUCGCCAGCGACGCCAUCGCGCUACUGGCGAGGCUAGCGGAACAACUGGUGGGCGCGCUGGCCGUGCUGGCGCGGCCGGACCUUGUCGCCCGCGUCGCGGAGGCUCUCGCUGCGUCGGGGUCCCGGUCGGGGAAGGACCACUGCGUGGCGCUGCUGGUCUCGCUGUGCCGGCACGGCGGGGACAAGGUGGUGGCUCUGCUGGGCAGGAUGCCGGGGCUGAUGGCGUCGCUGUACUCUCUCGUCGCGGACGGCAGCCCGCAGACAUGCAAGAGGUCGAGGGCGCUGCUGAACCUGAUCCACCGGCACUAUGAGAUGGGCCAGCCUGCGGCGCCGGCGUCGGAGGCCGGCGAGCGUGUCGUUCGCGUGCUAUAGCUGCAAUGCGUCAUGUGAGACCAUUUUUGUUUCAGUUUCAGCUCGUGUUUUAGAGGACCUGGGAACGAAUUAGCUUCCUUUUUUUUCCUGCGAUUGCUGUAGAGAUAGAGAUACACACUUGAAAGUAUAUAGAAAUCUGCUGUGAGCUUUUUCUGAUAGGUAGUUGCAGUAGCUGUUUAGAAGUUGUUGCUGUACCUGUACAUACCAGUGGCAAGUUGCCUUGUGUUAAAUUAUGAACAGCUACGAUGCAAA